AUGGCAACAAUCCCCUCGACGCCAAAUUUUGACGUUUUUUUGGCUACUUGGAGAUUUCGUAGAUUAGCGAAUCAAUCGGUCUUCCAGUUUUUUCCUUCAAUUUUAGCUACUGUCGAUAUUAAUUUAGCGCAAUUCCAAUACUUGGCCGAUCACCUGACUUCGAUCGAGUGCAGGAAGUUGGUGGCUUCUCUGCACUUCGAUUCGUUCGAAUUGCCUGGUGCUCUGGAUAAAGCUGAGAGAAGCGUUUCGAAGGAUGUCCGCUGUUUGGAAAGCCUUCUGCAUUGGAAUUCGGAGGCGGGCGGUGGUCGGUCGGAGACUCACGAGCUGGUCGCGAGGCGUUUGAGGCAAUUGGAUCGGGAUGAUCUUGGUGAGUGGCUGACGAAGACCUCGUACGAGGCCAUCGGGCACGACUUCGACAGGGAGAGCAAGGAGGCGUUCAAACCUUACCAGCCGAUAGUUCUGCCGGAACUGAAAUUGAAUGGGACAACGGCAGGAAUCCGUCGUAAUGCGACCGGAAGCGGUGGAACAACACUGGCGAUAGACAGAUUCGCUCACAGACGAAUUGCCAAGCAGGAUUUCGUUCCCACUAUAGCCACGGACAUAGCCACGGAUCCCACGGAAUGGACCAUAUUCGAUACGAUCUCCUGGACGCUCGUGGUGAUGAUGUUCCUGUUCAUCAUCGGAGUCAUGGUGUAUCUCACGAUAACAUCACCAUGCUGCAAGCAUCACGGUUGGAACAAUUUGUUUUCGAAGAACCAGAGGUAUAAGAGAUACGAAUGCCUGCAAUGCGAGGAGGACGAUUAUUACGAUAGAACGACGCGCAGAUCGACGGACACGCGCUCCACGCCAGUUUGUCCAAGAACUGGAGGAACAUGUCCUAUGCACUCAAGACCCAAGAGAUCGCAACAGCAGUCCUAUGGACGGAGGCAAUCUUCGCAAAACGAUCCAACCAACAACUACGCUAAUCAAAUAUCGCCAUACCAUCAGCAAAUCUGUCCUCCCUGUAAGAAGAAAUCAACACAAACUGAUAAUAAACCAUUCAAUCAAUUAUCGUCUUAUCAACAAAUCCCGCCUUGUCCCCCAUGCCAGCAUCACGCGAAGAGGCAAAACACUGAAUCGCGAUCGUCCGACGAUGGGGCUGCAAUUACACCAAUGCCCGUAGAAAUGUCAGAGAGUUCGGAUACCGAAUACGAGGAAGCCUGCUGUCCGAACAUUUGUCCAGCCAUGCAGCUGAUGGGAUGUGACAUGCCUAAUAAGCAUAUUCCUCUUCCUCCACCCGGUAUAAAACCAGAGAACAACAACAAUAGUACAUUGAACAAUAACAAUGUUGAUAAGAAGUGUACGCCUUGUCCGAUUGUAAGAUCACCAAAGUCGGAUGCUUAUUCAGCCGCUAUGAGAACCAUAGACAUCCAUCAGAAAAUCGCCAUACCGAUGGGACCAGUCCCCAGUUGAUAAUUGAUAACAUACACUUUAUGAUCUAAAUAAUAAAUGGAAAUAAAAGGAAACUUAUAGCUCAAACAGGACUUUAAACGUACAACAAACCAGCGACAUCCGUUUACCUAUUAUUUCAGCGUUAAGAUUCAUUAUUUGUAACU